AUGAAGAAAAAACAGUUUUCCGCUCUUCUCGUUCUGAGCGCCUUCGUAGUUGGAAUCGGUGCCGUUCGUCAGUUCCACGAGAUCAUCUGGAAUGCCAAAUCGUAAGUAUUAGAGGGAAGGAGCAAUUAGGGGGUGUGGGCUGUAGGAAAUCGGAUUUCCGACGUGAAAAAACAAAACCCUAUUUAUUUUUUUUAGAUUCUCGGAUGACCUGCAAAUUCACCCACUCAAAGUCCGUUUCGACGAUCAGCUCAUCAUCAAUUGCCCAAAACAGGAGAAAGAAAAGGACUACACGUUUUCUAAACUCUAUAUGGUCGAUUCCUCUUCACUUUAUAUUGAUGACCUCGGGAAAUUGCAGGUUUCUCGCGAUGGAUGGAAGCAUUGCUUGUUGCACAAGCCGAAAUGGGUUGGAGUUUGCAACAAUUCCAGUGUCGAUGUAAGGAAAAGAGUUCUUAGCUAUUGUAUUAUGAUUUUUUCUGUUCAGACCACUGUCAAGAUCACGAUCCGUGAACACACCCCUACUCCAAACGGAUUCGAGUUUCAAUUAGGUGAAGAGUACUACCUCAUCUGUAAGUAUAUACGCAUUUCUUCCGUUAGCAUAGAGACGUGUUCAUUUCCAGCGACCUCAUCCGGCUACAAGGACGAUCUGGACGGACAAGUGGGAGGAAUCUGUCACUACAAUCAUAUGCGCCUCAGAAUCCUGGUCCUUCAGCGUGAAUUCUACCAGCCGACCACCAAGGACUACUACUCCAAUUUCGAUGAAUACAGACCGUACAGGAACAUCAUUAUCUAUCAGAUUCACGAUGUUGGAGCGCUUGGUGAGUGGAUUGGGAUUACUGUAACAGGCUGGUUGGCAGGUGGGCGCCUCUACAACUUUUUUUUGGUAAAAAACGGAAUAUUGAGAGAUGGCACUCCCAAGGCAUAUGUUUAUUGGGAGUGGUAGGGAGAAGGGAGAAGAGCAGAAGACAGUUCAGGAGCAAAAAUAUCUAAAGAGAUCUAAGAAUUGAAAUAUACAGUCCGUUUCAAAAGUAUAGGGCCACCCCUAAAAUUGAAUAUAUCGUCUUUCCCAAACAAAAUACCACUCCAAGACCUUGAAACGCUUGCAGUUGCAACAUUUUCAGAUAUUUCAGCACCCUAUCCCACCUAUCCUAUACACUGCACUUAAAGUUGUUUCCCGAGGGUUAUUUGUGAUGCUGACUUCGAUUUUCAAGGUCUUGGAGUGGUAUUUUGUUUGGGAAAGACGAUAUAUUCAAUUUUAGGGGUGACCCUAUACUUUUGAAACGGACUGUAUUGCAAAAAUGUUUUACAGUAUCCGAUGACACCUCCAGCAACAUCAACAUCUUGGCUCUGACUGCUGUCGUUCUGCUCUUCCUGGCCGGAUAA